UCGCAGCGGCGUCUAACCUAAAAUUAGGCGCGCAGUGUUGUUUUUUUGUCACCCGAAUUUAUUGCAAGUUGUAGACAAUUUCGCAAGAAGGUGUAAUAUAUUGUUAAUUUGUUUAGUUAUUUGAGCAGUACAACCGCACAAUGACGGACUCGCUUGAGUACAACGACAUAAACGCCGAAAUGCGCGGUGUCUUGUCUUCUGGACGCCUAAAGCUGACCGACCAGAACAUCAUCUUUAAGAACACAAAGACCGGCAAGGUGGAGCAGAUCUCGGCGGAGGACAUAGACCUCAUCAACUCGCAGAAGUUUGUGGGCACCUGGGGACUGCGGGUGUUCACCAAGAGCGGGCUACUCCACCGCUUCUCAGGAUUCCGUGACAGCGAGAACGAGAAACUUGGCAAGUUCAUCAAGGAGGCCUACUCGCAGGACAUGGUCGAGAAGGAAAUGUGCGUCAAGGGCUGGAACUGGGGCACCGCCCGCUUCAUGGGCUCCGUCCUAAGCUUCGACAAGGAGUCGAAGACCAUUUUCGAGGUGCCCCUGUCGCACGUUUCGCAGUGCGUAACCGGAAAGAACGAGGUUACCUUGGAAUUUCACCAGAACGAUGAUGCCCCCGUGGGUCUACUCGAGAUGCGCUUUCACAUUCCCGCCGUGGAGUCGGCCGAGGAGGAUCCGGUGGACAAGUUUCACCAGAAUGUGAUGAGCAAGGCCUCGGUCAUCUCGGCUUCGGGCGAGUCCAUUGCCAUAUUCAGGGAGAUCCAGAUCCUUACGCCUCGCGGUCGCUACGACAUCAAGAUCUUCUCCACAUUUUUCCAGCUGCACGGCAAGACGUUCGACUACAAGAUUCCCAUGGACUCUGUGCUGCGGCUUUUCAUGCUGCCGCACAAGGACAGUCGGCAGAUGUUCUUCGUGCUCUCCUUGGAUCCGCCAAUCAAGCAGGGCCAGACGCGAUACCACUAUCUGGUUCUGCUUUUCGCUCCCGAUGAGGAGACCACCAUUGAGCUGCCUUUCUCAGAGGCCGAGUUGCGCGACAAGUACGAGGGAAAAUUGGAGAAGGAGAUCUCCGGACCCGUGUACGAGGUAAUGGGCAAGGUGAUGAAGGUGCUUAUCGGUCGGAAGAUUACCGGACCCGGUAAUUUCAUAGGGCACUCUGGAACCGCGGCCGUGGGCUGCUCUUUCAAGGCCGCCGCUGGAUAUCUGUACCCCCUGGAGCGGGGAUUCAUCUAUAUCCACAAGCCCCCAUUACAUAUCCGCUUCGAGGAGAUUAGUUCGGUGAACUUUGCCCGCAGCGGAGGCUCUACACGCUCUUUCGACUUUGAGGUGACGCUCAAGAACGGAACCGUCCACAUUUUCUCCUCCAUUGAGAAGGAGGAGUACGCCAAGCUCUUCGACUUCAUCACACAGAAGAAGUUGCAUGUGAGCAACAUGGGCAAGGACAAGAGCGGCUACAAGGAUGUUGACUUUGGCGACUCGGACAACGAGAACGAACCGGAUGCCUACUUGGCUCGCCUCAAAGCGGAGGCCAGAGAAAAAGAGGAGGACGACGACGACGGCGACGAUUCGGAUGAGGAGUCCACUGAUGAAGACUUCAAGCCCAACGAGAACGAGUCCGAUGUGGCCGAGGAGUAUGACAGCAACGUGGAGAGUGAUUCGGACGAUGACAGCGAUGCUAGUGGAGGCGGAGGUGGCGGAGAUGGUGACAGCGAUGGCGCCAAAAAGAAGAAGGAGAAGAAGGCAGAGAAGAAGGAGAAAAAGGAGAAAAAGCACAGGGAGAAGGAGCGAACAAAAAAAGCUACCAAGAAGAAGGACACCGGCAAACCGAAGCGCGCCACUACUGCUUUCAUGCUCUGGUUGAACGACACGCGCGAGAGCAUUAAGAAGGAUAAUCCGGGCAUUAAGGUUACCGAGAUUGCCAAAAAGGGCGGCGAGAUGUGGAGGGAGCUGAAGGACAAGUCCAAGUGGGAGGAGGCAGCGGCCAAGGACAAGCAGCGUUACCACGACGAGAUGCGCGACUACAAGCCUGAAGCCGGCGGUGAAAGCGACAACGAGAAAGCUGAAAAGGCGACCAAGAAACGCAAAUCGGAGCCUUCGCCAUCCAAAAAGGCCAAUACCUCAGGAAGCGGCUUUAAGAGCAAGGAGUACAUUUCCGAUGACGAUUCCACCAGCUCCGACGACGAGAAGGACAAGUCCAAGGAUAAUGAGCCCACCAAUAAGAAAAGUAAACCAACAUCCGAUGGUGAAGCCAAAAAUAAUAAGUCCAAGAGCGAAAGCGAAGCGGAGGGAAGCGAAGAGGCCAGCAAUGCUAGCGAUGAAGAUGAGGAGGAUGAGGAAGUUGAGGCCAGUGAUUAGGCCGAUAAACACUAUACAACGUAAUUCCAUAAAUACGUCCCACACACCAAUACCCCAAAUCUAGUUUACAUUCUCCUAGUUUUAGUUAAGUGCCGCCUGUUAAAUACAGACCAAUAAGAGUUAUUUAAAAUAAAAACUCAGCAACAAAUCGAAACUUCAUGUAAUUAAAAAGAAUUAAUAAUUGCUCAUAAUGGUUGAUA